AUGUCAAUCCAGUUCAAAGCCUAUAACGAGAAGGAGUACUCGUCUGUGAACAUCCCUGGAUCUCACAUUUCGUGUCUGAAGCUGAAAGAACUUCUGAUCAACAAGUUGAGAAUCGGGAUGAAAUCGGACUUUCGGUUUACUCUGCUCGAUGAGGAAGGGAAAAAGGAGUAUCCCGACAACUACCUGAUCAUGAAGAACUCCUGCGUGCUUUACAAGAUCGAGUCCUUGACAGACAGGAAUCAGGAUGGAGUUCUGGCCACAAUCAACAAUGCAAAGAGACAUUAUCGUCCGGAGUCAACGUCCGCGCCUGUUUCUGUAUCUGCGGCAGCCUACCCGUCGAAUGUAAUUCCUUCCACGGCAGUACCGUUAUCUGGAAGUAGUUCCUUGAUUGGUUCUGCUGCAGUUCCGACGGAGGUGCACGAUCCGGAUGUGAUCCCGCCUCCAAAUUACCUUUGCCCACGAUGUUUGGUUAGCGGCCAUUACGAGGAGUAUUGCCCCACUCGCUUUGAUUCGAGUUGGCCGGAAAAGAUGCGAGAGUGGAAUUUCAAAAUUAGUCGUGGGAACCCAAUAGAACAACAGGGAAAUUUAGUGGUUCGUCAUCCAGAAGGAAAUCACCAUCUGUGUCUGGUAAAGCGGGAGGCUCCAACUGGAGUCGAGAAGGAGCAAUCAAAGAAGGUAGGAGUACAAGCGGCCAUGGUUAUUUUUGUUUUGUUGUUUUGGCACGGAAACGUGUGUUUGAUGUUCGCAAACUAA